GGGGUUUUCGACUUCAACUUCAACCUCGUGCGUCAUACAGAUCUUCUUUAAGGUGGCGUCGCUUGCGGUAGUACAAUUAAGCGCAUCCCGCUCCUGAUUGAUUCGUACUGAAAGGCUAUCAUGCGAGGGGCAUCGGACUGCUGUGCCUUACCCCGCCCGGUAGGCAACCACAUUCUCUCCUUCAAGCUCCCCUUAACUCCGUCAACAUCUCAUAUUGUCUUAAGAAACUCGCGCGCCAUUCAAGAUCAAAUCCCGUCUUCAAUCACCCAUCAUGACGUCCAAGAAGGAGGAGGUUCAAUACUUCGUCUACAAACAUCCUAUCUUCUUCCGACUCCUCUGCCUCUGCACCUGCCCAUUCGCAUGUUGUUUCACGUGUCCAUUGUACUGUUACAUACGAGAGCCGACCCUUCCUUCGAGGUGUGGUACUAUGGCCAUAAAGAACCGAGAGCGAAAGCAUGAACGAAUGUCAGCCGUCCAUUUCGAGCAUCGAGGACGUGCCAUCAACCGCCGGCGGAACAGCUUAUCUAUCGGCAAGCCCACCGGGCGCUUCACACGAAUGCUCAGGAAGAGGACCUCGGAUCAAGCAGCAUCUCCGCUCUUCUCGAAGUUACCCACCGAAAUUCGAGAGGCAAUCUUUGAAGCAGUCCUCGUCGAGACAGGCGCGGUUUUACUAGCAUCAUCCGGUCCCGGGUACAGCUACUUUGACAGAUUCAGUCGCAUCGUGGGCUUGGUCUGCGAUAGGGCAACUGAGGAUCAUAUAGACCAGAUACCAUGGGGUCUUCCUCGCGGCCCCGAUGCAAGUCUCGCCCUGCUAUGUACCUGCCGCCGGAUCUAUACCGAAGCCCUCCCUAUCCUGUACUCGCGAACGCAAUUCGCUUUCAGAGAGACCGGAGACUGCGUUGCAUUUUCCCAAAUAACGCCAAAGCCGCAUCUGCAACGCAUUCGCUCUCUUCGAAUAGAUAUUUAUUGCGGCAACGCAUAUGCGCUGUACGGGCUCCCGAGAACUAUUUGGACCGAGCUGUUUCUAAAAGCGAUCUCGUCUAUGGAGAGCCUGCAGUCGUUAUAUCCGGUUUUCGUUUUGGAUCGAUCCUGGAUCUGGCCUCAAGAGUCGUCCAGUUGCAUGCAACUCGCGGAGGAGUACUCCGAGAAGCUGGUGGAGGCAGUCUCGGAGCGAUGCAAGGUACAUUUGUCUGUAUUAAAAGAGAACGAGCCGGUUCGUCAAUUGACAAAGAAAGGGACCAAGAACGUCUGAAAGAGUGGUAGGAUAUACACCUCCUUUCCAUCCUGGUGUUGUGGGCGGUCGCACUGUGUGUUCAGAUCAAAGACGAGCCGUGAAUAUUAGAACGUAGCAGGCGCUCGAACGUUGAAAUGUUGAUGAAUACCUCGAGUUGAUGAAAUGGGCGAGCAUUAGGCAAUUGUAACUUGUGAUGGGAAAUCCCUAGGGGUGACGAUUGACGGUGUCGUCCAAUGAGAGGGCGGAAAAAAAAGGCACCAAACCGUUGGCUCGUGCGGACUUGCUGACCUCAACCCAACUCCAGCCCCUCAAUUUUCUCUUCACCUCAUACGGCGCGUUUAGUAUCAUGUAGCCAUAGCAUCGA